AGUCGAGCUCCUCCUCUUCCUCUGACUGUAAAGUGAAUGUAAACUUCCCGAAAACCUGAGUCAGACAGUUGAAGCCUCCAGACAUCCAGCUGACAGCUCCAACAGCGAGGAGACCACCCAGAGUGUGCCUGUCUGCCUUCCGUCUAUCUGAAGUUAAAGGGUUUUUUUCAGCCAGGAUCAUGCCACCAAAGAGACGUGCUGCUACUAAAGCCAAGGCAGGUGGCAAAAAGGUGAAACAAGAGCCUGAGACACCAAAACCAAAGGAUGCCUUCACCUCUGCAAAAGAGGCCCUUCUGGCUGCAGGGCCAGAGGUAAAAGGCAAGAGGAAGGUGGAUGAUUACUGCAUGCUGUCAAAAUCUGUAGAGGUAUAUGAGGACUAUGAUUGCAUGCUCAAUCAGACCAACAUUGGGCAUAACAAUAACAAGUUUUAUGUCAUUCAAGUUGUUAAAGAAAAGAACAGCUAUUACACAUGGAACAGAUGGGGUAGAGUGGGGGAAUCGGGACAAAGUAAACUUAACAAGUUUGCUGAUGCUGAGAAGGCUAUCAAGGACUUUGAGAAAAAGUUUAAGGACAAGACCAAGAACAACUGGGACGAUCGGGCAGACUUUGUGUCUCACUCUGGGAAGUACACCCUGAUCGAGGUGGAUGGAGACCAGGAUGCUGAGGUCAAGGUAGACACUGUCGAUGGAAAGUCUGUCAAAGUCACAAAAGACAUCCUAGAUUGCACCCUUGACGCCUCUACCAAGAAGCUCGUCGAGCUCAUUUUCAGCAAUGACAUGUUCAAGGAGGCCAUGGAAUGUAUGAACCUAGACAUCAAGAAGAUGCCUUUGGGCAAGCUCAGUAAGGUUCAGAUUGCAAAGGGCUUUGAAGUGUUGGAGGAGAUCGAGGCAGCCAUGAACCAAAAAAGCAGAAACGCACGUCUGGAAGAACUUUCCUCAAAGUUCUUCACCACAAUCCCACACAACUUUGGCCGGAACAGACCGCCAACCAUCAACGACAAAGAGAUUGUGGAGAAGAAGAAAGAGAUGCUUAUGGUGCUGGCUGACAUCGAGAUGGCCCAGACUCUGAAGUCAGAGACUGAAAAGGCUCAGGAAGAGAUGAUAGAGACAGUUCCUCACCCGCUAGACCAGGACUACAAUUCUCUCAAAUGCAGCCUCAAACUAUUGGACAAGGAUACAGAAAAUUUCAAGAUCAUAGAAAAAUACCUGAAAGCGACUGGAGGUGGCUAUCGUAACCCAAAAAUCGUUAAUGUUUGGGACGUCGAUCGAGAGACAGAGGGUGAGCGGUUUAGAGAGAACGACAGUCUGGAGAACCGCCGUCUGCUGUGGCACGGCACAAACAUAGCGGUGGUGGCAGCUAUCCUGAAGAGUGGUCUGAGGAUAAUGCCCCACUCAGGAGGCCGUGUUGGUCGUGGUAUCUAUUUUGCAUCUGAGAACAGCAAGUCUGCGGGUUACGUGUGCACCUCUAAAAAUACCGGAGUGAUGUUUUUAAGCGAGGUUGCCCUCGGCAAAGAAUGUACCAUCACUGCAGACAACUGCUCCUUGAAGAAGGCCCCUGCAGGCCAUGAUAGUGUGGUGGCACGAGGAUCAGUGGAGCCAGAUCCAUCCAAAGACAUCUUCAUCACCCUGGAGGGCAAGAAGGUUGCUGUGCCUCAGGGUAAGCCCAUAGCUCAGCCCCAGUUCUCAGACAGCCACUUCAGCAACAGUGAAUAUCUCAUCUACAAAGAGAGCCAGUGUUGCCUUCGCUACCUGCUGGAGCUUCACAUGCAGUAAUUCAACUCAAGGAAAGAAGCAGAAAAGAUUACACAUUCCCUCUAUAUAAGGGGCUUCGUAAAAAGCUUGGCUUUGCUGUUUUAUAAUAAUAAUAUGACUAUUUUAUUAUACAGUUAUUGUGCAUAUGUCCCUACCGUGAUUCAUAAAUGACUUCUCUGUGCCUUAUAUUUUGCACACUGUAAAACUGGCCCAAGCGCAUUAGACUGCACUUUUGUUAUAACACAUGCUGACUUACUGUAAUUACUUAUUCCCGUGCAAUGAAAAGAUUACUUUUUCACUACUUUAAAUGUCUAAAAGGCCUCUAGCUAUUUGCACAGUUUUUCAAAUUACAUGCUGCACCUCAUGUUCUAUUUGGCAUCUCAGUCCUAGUUUGAGUAGCUUACUUUUUACAUACUGCUUUAUUUAAUCCAAGAGGUAACGCUUAUAUAAACCUGUCCUUCAGAGAGAAAAUAUCUUUGAUACGUAGGAGAAUUUUACCGCAUGCCUUUGCAGUGAUAGACAUUUUGACUAAUGUUAUAUAGUAGACCAGAAGUAAAAAUGAUUCUCUAUGCAUAGAUAUGUUUACAGUUAGAAGUAUAAAGUGCAAUUUGUGGCUAAUGUUCAAGCACUGGUACAAAUCUAAUAUUUAAAGAAAGACUCUGAAAGUGUGUCUGCUAUGCAAAGUAAUGUAACUUGUACGUCAUUAAUAGCUUGGUCAAUCAUGCCCAGUACGUCUUCUUGCUAUAUUACAAAUGUCACCAUAUGGUGUCAGUAAAUGAGCAACUCCCUUUGGAAUGUAAUUGCCUCUGCAUAUUUGCACUAAAUCAUGACUUGAACCAGUGAUUAGUUAAUAAACUAAAGUGCCCCUCAAA